AUGACGUUACGUGGCAUGAGAAGACUGGAGGCACGCCGACAGAUGGAGGAGAGCAACUUCCUGCUGUCCAAAGCACGGUCGCAGAAUCUUAAUCCUCCUGUAGACUUUCGGCUACUCGACUAUGUGACAGCUUAUGACGACAAUCUCAUGUGCGCCAUCUGCCGGUGCCCGUUCGUGGACCCGGUCGUGCUUGCUGAGUGUGAUCACUACUUCUGCAGGGACUGCAUACGGCAAAGCUGGGGCUCUACAUACAGCCCGUCAGGACCUCGAGGUGACUGUCCGCAAUGCCGAACACCAGCUAGGCUGGGCACAAGGUCGGCCACGAGCAAGAUACUGGUCAACAUACUGGAUGAUCUCCUUGUCAAGUGUCCCAAGCACGAGGAGGGAUGUCCGGUCUCGGUCAAGCGUGGCGAGGUAGAAGAUCACAUGAACAUCUACUGUGGCUAUGCAUACCAGGAAUGUGCUGGUGAACGUUGUGAGCUGCCCGUCCGACGAAAAGACGCAGAUCAAGGCUGCCUGCACUUUGGUGUCAGCUGCUUCGACUGCCACGAGACGAUGCAGAAGUCAACUCUGGAGAACCACUGGCGAUCCGAGUGUGCUGUACGGCGAGUGACUUGUCCUCGAUGCAAUAUGCAUGUUCUGUCAAAAGACCUUGACAGCCACAAUAGCGAGACGUGCGAGGCUGUGAGCAUACCAUGCCCAGGUGCCAGCAUCGGCUGUACAAGUCGUAGCAAGCGCUCUCAAGCUCAAACGCACGCCAAGAGCUGCACGUUCGCAAAGCUCGCGCCUGUCAUAUCUUCACAGAAGAGCCGUAUGGACGAACAAGAAGCAGCGCAGAAGCUUCUGAGUAGAAAGCUGGAAGUGCUGGAAACUGGCUUUGGCGUCAUGCAGGGCAUACUAUACCCGAAGGUAUCCGUGGAGGCCGAUGACCUUGCGGCGGACGAAAGCAGGAUACCGUUUCUUGACAAUUCUGCCUCUGAGCGAACCUUGCCACCCCACCACCCGCGCAUGUUCAGCGGAGACUCUUCUGGUAAUGCUCUGUCUCCUUUCGACUUUCCUGUACCACCCACCUCACGACCAAGCUCCGCAGCACCGGGAGUAGCCAGGCGAGCUUCGCCAAUAGGACUUCCGCCAUCCGAGUCUGCUGCUGCACUACGUCAGCAUGAUCCCAUCGAGGCAUACAACACUAAUUAUGAUCUCGCUUCCCCCGGCCUCCCACCGCCAUCGACGAGUGGGGGACCUUAUGUCAGCCCGCUGCACCACCUCCUCUCUAUGCAUGAGAGUCUACGUGACGAGAUGUCUCGAGUCAAUUCAGCGUUGCAGGAGCUGGACGGCCGGCACAGUAUGCAGACUCUCAACGAGAAUCUCCGGACCAGAGAAGAGAUCUCAUACCUCGGUGCACAACUAGCUGGAUUGAGUCGCCAAGUGCACUGGUUGACCAGCACACAACUACAACGCCAGAGUAGAAGUGCGACACCUUCUGCUGUUGCUGGUUCGAGCAGCGAGAUGGCCGGGACAAGUGUGGAGGCCGCGGUUAAUGCUGUCAGCACUGCUGCUACUGCAUUGCGGGGUGCGGCAAGGAUGGUUAGUGUCGGACAGGGCCAAAGCUCGAGUGGCUCGCAUGGUCCCAUGAGAAGAGAGAAUAGUGCUGAGGGGAGGACGAAGCUAUGA